CCCGUGGGGGCGCCAAUCGGUACUCAUCACUGCCCCCGUCCUGACAACAACAACACCGUAGCAACGAAUUCAACUCAAUUUUAAUUUAGAUCUUUCCGAUUGACUUAUUGAUGUAGAUGGAUGCAAAAAUGUCGGAUGACAGAAGACCAAUAAUAUCAGUGGGCGGACUAGAUGAAAGCGGUUCUGAAAACGAAUUUGAUUCAAGAAAUAUAGGUGCAGAUGCAUCAAGUAUUCUUAGCGAGGAAGAUGGAGUGUUUGGAGAUGUAAAUGGGAAGCUUCAGGCUGCUACGCACGACUGGCUCAACAUGACCUAUAUUAUCAUUUAUCUUCAAGGUGUAGGAUCAUUACUUCCUUGGAAUUUCUUCAUUACCGCUCGGGGAUAUUUUGAAAUGAAGUUCAAAGGAGAUGCCAAUAUACAGAACAUGUUUGAAAGUGCCUUUUCUGUAGCAGCAAUGAUACCAAACGUUUUGUCUCUGCUUGUUAACGUCUUCCUAACAAAGCAAGUGAAUCGAAAUCUGAGAAUGCUCACGUGCCUUUUCGUAACUCUCGUGUGUUUCAUAUUAACCGCAGCCUUUGUAAGAAUAGACACAUCAUCAUGGACGAAAGAAUUCUUCGGAGUAACCAUUGGAAUUGUUGCACUUAUAAAUAUGGCCUGUGCAAUUUACGGGGGAACAUUUUUUGGAGUUGCAGGAGUUAUAGGGCAAAAGUACACCCAGGCAAUGAUGGGUGGACAAGGGCUUGGUGGGACUUUUGCAGCCCUGCAAUGGAUAUCUUAGCAGCCUUUGUAUGAUGUAUGGUCCCAAGUUGGUCAACCCAAAGUAUGCUGAAGUUGCUGGAACAAUAAUGGCACUGUUUUUAUC